UAUUCUCCACUCAGGAUGCAGUGGGCCCUGCCUGCCCUGUGUAGCACUCUCACUUCUCAUCUGCUGAGCUCCUCGACUACAUCUGCAAAAAUGAUGAAAGAUAUGAUGGUAAAGAACAUGUCCUUCAAGGUCGGGCAGACCCUGACCAUUGUUGGAGUUGCGAAACCUGAUGCUUCAAAUUUUGCUGUUAACAUUGGCCCCAGUGAGCAGGAGAUUACAAUGCAUUUGAACCCUCGUUUUAAUGCCCAUGGGGAUGAGAAUGCAGUUGUCUGCAACUCCUAUGAGGGAGGAAACUGGUGUGAGGAGCAACGCCACGAAGGCUUUCCUUUCCAACUCGGAGAGGAAUUCAAGAUUACCAUUGAAUUCACAGCCGAGGACUUCCUGGUGACUUUCUCAGACGGCUCUCAAAUCCACUUCCCCAACCGCCUGGGUGCGGAGAAGUACUCGUGCAUGAGCUUUGAGGGGGAUGCUCGCAUCCAGAGCAUUGAGAUCAAGUAAUCUUGCACUCUGCCAAAAAUCGCUGCAUUGAAAUUGUGUUGUUGUUUUUUUGUUUUUUUUUACAAUUUUUCAGUUUGUCUGGCAUCAGGUCACAUGUUAUUACAGCUUCUAGUUUCUUCAAUACAUGUGACACCAGCCUUAUGUGCUCAUGAUAUUGUAUUAUGCAAGAAUGAAGCUGUGUGCUUACGUGUGGAAACCAAAACACACAGAAAUACAUACAACAAGUAAUGAAUGCUCACUCUGCACUGGUAUAACUACUCAACGUAAUCUCGUUGGAUUGUGCAUUAACACCAUUUUACCUUCACAGCAUAAGUGUCAUUUUGGAUUUGGAAACUGGUUUGAAGUAAAACCAAACAAAGACAAAAGUACAGUGAUAACUUGCCAAAUGACUUCAGUAAAUUGACAUGAUAAACAUUCACCAAUAUAGCAAUACUUGGCUUCUUUUUUUGCUGCGUCGCACUGUUUAGCUGAAAAGCACCAGUUGCUCUUUAAGGUGCCUUGAAAUGCUCCAUGUUUUUAUUUGUCUUCCCUCCCAAAACAUUCCAGAUUUGUAAUUUCAAUGUGAUCCUUGUCUGUAACAACAUGGAUUAAAGCAUGGCCUUUUAUGGAACAAAAA